AUGGAUACGGAAGACAAUAUUCAAGAAGUUCUCGGGUCUGAAGAAGAAGUUGACUCUGGCAAUGAAACUGAAGAAGGGGAAGACGAUUCAUAUGAAGAUUCUUCUGAAGAAAUGGAAGAAUCUUCGGAGGGUGAAUCUGAAGCAGAAGAAGAAGAACCAAAAUUGAAAUAUAAGCGUCUUGAUGCCGCUGAAAUAUUAAAAAACGACGCUGCAAAUCCUGAUUUUAGCAAGAAAGAUACUCAACAAUUUGUAUCAGGUGGCUUGGCUGGUCAACUAAUCUUGAAUGAAAAAGGUUGGUUUGGCCAGAAGCAAGACAAAGUACUUCAACAUUCUGGGGAAGGUCCAAUAUAUGCCGCAAGAUGGAAAGGAACACUAAUCGCUUACGCUAAUGACGAAGAACAAAAUAUAUCAGGCCAUCCGCCACUCUUUGCUGAAGUUAACAUGAUAUUAAAUACAAAUGAUUAUAUUGUGUGUGGUCUCGCUCCAUUUGGUAAUAUGACAUUAAUAUUAGCUUACCUUAUUGACAUCGUAACAAAUGAGGAUUUAGAUGACUCAGAACAGCGUAAACGCCAUCAAGCUAAAUGUCCUGAACUUCGAAUUUUGAAUUCAUCUAAUGAUGAGAUUUCAAUUGAUGCAUUACCACUUCAUGGAUAUGCUCAUUAUCAAGCUAAUGAUUACGUGCUUGAUUAUUUUCCGUCGGAAGAAGACAUGUUUUACGUUGUUAGUCCAAAAGAUCUUGUAUUGGCGAAGCCACGCGAUUCCGAUGAUCACGUUGGUUGGCUUUUGGAUCGUUUUAGAUAUGAAGAAGCUCUGGUAUCGCUUCAGGAGGCUCAAGCUUGGGGUGGCAGUAAGGUCUAUAACUUAGAUGAAAUUGGAGAGAAAUACUUAAUGUAUCUAGUUAAACAAGCUGCUGAAAAUUGUAAAAAUAUUCUUAAAACAAAUAAAGAAUUAUGGGAAAAAUGGAUUUUUACGUUUUCUGAAUUGAAGCAUCUAAAGACCUUGUAUGAAACCAUAAGGAGUUGGCCAUCAACAAUUUAUACUAUUCAAAGUGUUAUUGAGCCUAUUGAAGAUGUUUUGGAAAAAGAACCUGAAAAUAAAACUUUAAUGGAAUGCUUGGCUGAACUAUAUGCUUACAACCGUGAACCUGAAAAAGCACUUGAAUAUAAUCUUCGUUUGCGUAGACCAGACGUUUUUGAUUUAAUAAGAACUUAUAAUCUAUUCUCAGCUGUACAAGACAAAGUAAUUCUUUUGAUGGACUUUGAUCAGCAUCUUAUGUCAGAGGCCCAAAAGGAAAAUGAGACGAAGGAUAAACAAAAUUACAUGCAUGGUGUACCACAAGUCAAAGCAAAGAAUAUGCCAGCAGUACAAUUAUUAAUUGAAAAUACUGAUUCAGUUCAGGUAGAGUUAUAUGCAGAGUAUGAUUAUCAAAGAUUAAUAGAAUUCUUGCGUGCCAGCAAUUACUACACUCUAGACAAGGCGUUUGAAAUCUGUAAACAAAGAGAUCUAGUUCCGGAAAUGGUUUUUAUUCUUGGUCGUAUGGGUAAUAAUAAACAGGCUUUAAUGUUGAUUAUAGAACGAUUAGGAGAGGUUCAGCGUGCAAUUGAUUUUGCUAAAGAGCAAGAUGACGAUAUACUAUGGGAAGAUUUAUUGAGAUAUUCAUUAGACAAACCGCCUUUUAUUACUGGCUUAUUGGAGAAUCUUGGUAACAUUAGUAUUGAUCCAAUAAAACUACUCGAAAGAAUUCCUGAUGGCUUAGAAAUCGUUGGACUUAAGCAAGCUUUAAUUAAAGUCCUUCAAGACUUUAAUUUACAGGCGUCUUUAAGAGAAGGAUGUCAAACAAUAUUAGUGAGUGACAGUGUGUCCAUGGCUUGCCAGCUUCAUCGUGCACAGAAACGUGGGAUUUCAUGUGGAG